CCGUUCUCCGUAAGAUGGCGGACCGGCGGCGGCAGCGCGCAUCCCAGGACACGGAGGACGAGGAGUCCGGCGCCUCAGGCUCCGACAGCGGCGGCUCCCCGGCGCGGGGCGGCGCAAGCGGCAGCGCCGGGGGCGGAGGCAGCGGCUCGCUGCCUUCCCAGCGCGGCAGCCGGGCCGGGGCCCUCCACCUGCGGCGGCUGGAGAGCGGGGGCGCCCCGAGCGCCGAGGAGUCCGAGUGUGAGAGUGAAGAUGGCAUCGAGGGCGAUGCUGUUCUCUCAGAUUAUGAGAGUGCGGAAGCCUCAGAGGGUGAAGAAGGGGAGUAUAGUGCGGAUGAAAACUCCAAAGUCGACCUGAAAUCCGAAGCCAACGAUGCUGCUAAUUCCUCGGCCAAAGAAGAGAAGGGCGAAGAGAAGCCGGACAGCAAAGGCACAGUCACCGGGGAGCGGCAGAGCGGGGAUGGCCAGGAGAGCACAGAGCCUGUGGAGAACAAAAUGGGGAAAAAGGGCCCCAAGCAUCUGGAUGACGAUGAGGAUCGGAAGAACCCGGCGUACAUUCCCCGGAAAGGGCUCUUCUUUGAGCAUGACCUUCGAGGGCAAACCCAGGAGGAGGAAGUCAGACCUAAGGGGCGCCAGCGGAAGCUGUGGAAAGAUGAAGGUCGCUGGGAGCAUGAUAAGUUCCGGGAGGACGAGCAGGCCCCCAAGUCCCGGCAGGAGCUCAUUGCUCUCUAUGGCUAUGACAUCCGCUCUGCCCGCGGCCCCGAGGACAUCCGACCCCGCCGGCUUCGGAAGCCCAGGUUUGGGAGUCCUCCGCAGAGAGAGCCCAACUGGAUCGGAGAGCGACCAAACAAAUCCCAUCGCCACCAGGGCCCUGGGGGCAUGUUACCACCCAGGACAUUUAUUAACAGGAAUGCUGCAGGUACUGGCCGCAUGUCUACACCCAAGAACUACUCUCGCCUCAAGGAAGGUCGCCCUGGUUUUCGGCCCAUGGAGACGGGUGGGCCAUACAGUGGCCGGUCUGGUGAGACUCUUAAGCAUGAGACUAGUUACCGGUCCCGGCGACUGGAGCAGACUCCGCUGAGGGACCCCUCCCCAGAAGCAGAUGCUCAAGUGCACCCCAAUCCUGCGAAGGAAGAGGCGUCCUCAGAGACGCCAGCUCCUGCUCCUGACGCCACCCCACCGGCCCCAGAGAGGCCCGUUGAGAAGAAGUCCUACUCUCGGGCAAGAAGAACCAGAACCAAAGCUGGAGACGCUGGCAAGAUUGCUGAGGAGGUGCCCCCUCCUCCUGAGGGGCUGACCCCAGCCCCUCCAGCCCCAGAGACUGCCCCUCCUCCACCUGCCAAGCCUGGAAAGUGGGAGGCGCCCGUGGACUCUGGCACCGGGGGGCUUGCGCAAGAUGUGGCACAGCUAACCCUAACAGAACAGAGCUGGACCCCGGGGCAGCCUCCGUUCCUGCAGCCCCGGGAACUUCGGGGUGUGCCCAACCACAUCCACAUGGGAGCGGGACCACCACCUCCGUUUAACCGCAUGGAAGAAAUGGGGGUCCAGGGUGGUCGAGCCAAGCGCUAUUCAUCCCAGCGACAGAGACCGGUGCCAGAGCCCCCCGCACCCCCUGUGCAUAUCAGUAUCAUGGAGGGGCACUACUACGACCCACUGCAGUUCCAGGGACCAAUCUAUACCCAUGGCGACAGCCCUGCCUCACUGCCUCCUCAGGGCAUGAUUGUGCAGCCAGAAAUGCACCUGCCCCACCCAGGUUUACAUCCCCACCAGACACCGGCACCUCUGCCCAAUCCGGGUCUCUAUCCCCCGCCAGUGUCCAUGUCUCCAGGACAGCCACCACCCCAGCAGCUGCUCGCUCCUACUUACUUUUCUGCUCCGGGCGUCAUGAAUUUUGGUAAUCCCAGUUACCCUUAUGCUCCGGGGGCUCUGCCUCCCCCACCACCUCCUCAUCUGUAUCCUAACACACAGGCCCCUUCACAGGUCUAUGGAGGUGUGACCUACUAUAACCCCGCCCAGCAGCAGGUGCAGCCGAAGCCCUCCCCACCCAGGAGGACUCCCCAGCCAGUCACCAUCAAGCCCCCACCGCCGGAGGUUGUAAGCCGGGGCUCCAGUUAAUUUGUUUGUGAAUAUUUCAAAUCUAACCUAUAAAAGCAAAUACUCCAGAAAGGCUUGUAAACGCCGAAGGCCCAGGAACAUUUUGCUGCUGCUUUCCUGUUCUCCACCCCUGUCGAAGCUUCAGAGAGGAGAGCAACACAAGGGGCUCUCUGCCGUCAGCCAGCCUUCCUCACCGUCCAGGCUCUCUUGGGAAAGGGGAGAACCGGGAAGACAGGGUCCCUCCCCCUCCACUCAUUUUCUGAGUCAGCCUCCGGAGUCCGGACUAGGAAGCCCAGCGUCUUCUGCUCCUCGUCACUGCCUCCCGGGACAUUUUUUUUUUAAUCCCCAGGAAUCUCCCUUCUGUUUUGUCUUGUAAGAAUGUUCAUUUUUAAAGCCUGACUUGGUAUUCAUAAUAAUAAUUUUGUUUGGAGUUUUCUUCUUCUUUCUGUUUCUUGCUCUGUCUUUCAGUAAAAUAAGUUUAUUCUGCUGGUUUGCUGGUGCCUCUAGGUUCCUUUUGCCUCUCCUCCAUAUCCUAAAUCGUUGAGUGUAUCAGCCAGCUUUCUCCCACCCGGGUCUCCAAAGAGCUGGCCUUUCCAUUUGGGUUGAUCUUUAGUGUUCUCCUAUAUACUUGACUUCUCUUAACGGUUCUCACCUUCAGCAUAGCUGUCUGCACAAUGGCGCUACGUUGUCCAGCCAGUUCCAAGUGCUCCUUGGGCUCUGGCGGUCUUCCGUCAUCCACGGAGCACACGGUUUAUCGUGGAGGGAGAUGGUAAACCAAGGGCUUUGUCAGGGAGGGGGAAUUGGUGAGAGAGCCUUGGGCACCUUAAGGGUUUGUAUGCACAGUCCUCAGUCUUUGAGGUACAUGGACAGAGAGGGCCUACUUCUCUUCUUUCCAUCUUCCCUCCUCCUCCUCCUCCAGCUGCUGUGGACCAAUGCAUCUUUCUAGAGGCAAGUAUUACCCAGAAGCAAUCUACUCCCUGCUUUGCAAUCCCUCUUCAUGUCUUUCCUGGUACGAGUGUUUUACAUGAUAAUACCUGCUUUCCCUUCACACUCUACUCAUGUCAAUGCCUACAGAAUUCGAUACCAUGCCUGGGCUCAAGGCCUAAAGAAGGCAGUCACCUUCUGGGCAAGGCCUCUCCCGACCCUUCUCUGUAGAAGAGUCCCCUCACUAGCACUCGUGGCUGCCAGGGGCAUCUUGGCUGCUGUCCUUGUCCUGCUACAGACCUUGGGGAGAAGGCAUCUGCGUGUCUUCCCCAGUCAGGUCACUGUUUCUCUUCUCUUGGACAACUGGCCUAACCACUUCGUCACAGGUGUGGGGUGUGGCUGAAGAGAGGCACUCAAGCUGUCACACACACACACACACACACACCCCAAGAAGGGAAAGACCAGAUACUGCUGGGGUAAUGGUGGGCAUGCCUUUUGCAGAUUCUUCCCUUUGCCUUAAACCUGAAGCUGGUCUCACAAGCUUGUGGGCAGCGUGCCCAGAUUCCCAGACCUUAACACACUGUGACACUUGUCUCUGACAGUCCCUGGGUUUCGUUGCAGAAGGUCCUCCAUGCGCAUUUUGUUGUGUUUUGGGUUUCUUGUUAAUAUUGUUAACUGUUUUUAAAGGGUGCACAUUUGUGAUCAGCAUUGUGACUUGGUGAUAAUAAACUUGACUGUAAACUUGA